AUGGUUACAGUAGCGGAAUCAAAAAGUGUAACCGAAGAAAACGUAAAAGACACAACAACAAAACUUCAGGAUAGUUCUAAUGAUAUUGAUAAUCCCGAAGAAAAUGUCCAAAAAAGUAAGAAAAACCAAUCUAAAAUAAAACGUCGAAAGAAGAAGAAGAAUCAUGGGCAACAGAAUACUGGAUCACGAAAUGAAAUAACGAAAGAAAAUGGAAAGGAUGUAGAAGCAGAGGAUGAAGAAAAAGUAGAAAUUGAGUAUGUAUAUCAACCUCUGGAUGUAUCUAACGAUCCUUACUUUGAAGAAUUCUCAAAGGUUUUUGCCCAUUUUCAGAUCUCCAAAGACGAAACAGAG